AUGGCCCUAGAAACAAUUUGCCCCUCUAUCUACUCAGAAUGGCUCGAAAUUCAGGAGCCAUGGCACUUCCGCGAAAUCGACGAGUGCUGCCCCAUCUGCGCCGAAGACAACAUCGAAGCAGUCGUCAAGACAAUCUGCGGCCACUUCUUCCACACAAAGUGCCUCCGCAGCUGGCACAGAAGCCAACAAGAGCAAUUCUUCAAGCCCGAGUACCCCUGCCCAAUGUGCAGGACCGUCCUCGCCGUCAAGGAGGAUGGCCAGGUGGAUCGUCAGGAGCUUGACGACGCCAUUUACGAUGCUCUGGAGCUGUUCCGAGACGAACAUGUGGAGUGGGAGACUCGCCGAGCUGCCCACCUAUCCCACGGCUUCACGGCUGCGCUCAAGAAGCCUUUCCAGGGCUGGUCGAGGGAGCUACUCCGUGCUCGCAACAACGACGAUGAUGACUACAACUUCGCAAGUGGUAUGCGCCGCGGCGCUCACUUGUACCGCGAGCCUGAAAAGGACGACGCUUGA